UUACGUGCGGCCACACAGAGAAACGUGGGACUGCAAAGCAAAGGGGACACGGCAACGGGUUUAGAUAAGGAUUGUCGCGGUUAUAGUGGUUUCACAGUUAUGCAAAAUAACAAAAACGCAAGAGGAUUAGUGACACACAUCAAGUGGAGCAAAAUAGCAAAACAGUGAGAAAGCGAUAUACGGCUUGCCUCAGAGAUGAAAGAGAUGAUCAUGUUGACGAAGAGACGUUCAACCCAAGGAAAUCUCAAGCUCUGAAACACAUUUAUUAUGCUGCAAGAUUGUUAUUCUUCACUGACGAGGGGUAGUUGCUAAAGGUUCCCCUGAAGUCUUUGAGCCAUAAGAGCGACAAGUACUUCUGUAAUCAAGGGGAUGUAAAAGAGUUUUAAACAGAAUGUGAAUUAGGUAUCACUGGUCGAAUGUGCUAGAGAAUGAAGCACCUGGAAUUGGUCUCUGCCUUAUUUGUUGGAACAAUGGCAGCAUUAAAUCGUAGACUCAAGGUUUUUUUCCUCUAAUCUGGAAGGAGGGCGACAUGGCAAAGCCCUUCUACAGGCUUCAGCGCUUCUUGCGACGGACUCAGCUGCUGUUUUUGUUCCUCGGUGUCGCAUAUAUUAUGGCUGGAAGUGUCCUUCUUCUGCAGAGACAUGGAUUUGUGGCGUCACAGCGUGGGACGAGCAGUUACUUUCCAUUGCCAUCUUUGCCAUCUCCUCCCAGGGCCCUGGAGGCACCUGCCCUUCGGACUAGUUAUGGAAUAAUGGGCGCUCGGGUCACCAGAAACGGGAUGGGAUACCAAAGCGUUUUAUCCGAAGACAACGCUGGACCACAGUGGCUGAUCUCACGAAACCAAGAGAUCCGAUAUCUGAGACGUCGCUGGUUCCACAGCCUCAUGUCCGAACAGGAAGCAUCCAGAGUGGAGAAAGUUCUUCCAAAAAGAAAAGUCCGACACAAAGGCACAUACAUCGGCUGCUUUCUGGAUGACGCCAAAGACCGGACGCUCAAAGGGAUGGUGUUUUAUGACUUCCGGAAAAUGACCAGCACCUUGUGUCAGGACACCUGCACGGAAAGCGGGUACCAGUUCGCUGGCCUUGAAUAUGGGUCCGAGUGUUACUGUGGCAACCGCAUCACAAGCACUCGGAUGAAAGAGGAGGAGUGUAACUUGGACUGCAAAGGCGAGAAGGGCGCCAUCUGUGGAGGUGUGUCCCGACUGUCCAUUUACAAGGUGGAGGAGGUUCUUCCUGGCCAACGGAGAUACAGGAACGUGCGUUACCGGGGCUGCUUCAGAAAACCUGACAACACAACAGCAGCUUCCCUGGCACAUGCCAUCCAGCCCAACCUCACCUCCCAGUGGUGCAUCGAGACCUGCACGGAUCAGGAGUUUCCUCUGGCUCUGGUCAGGACUCCUGACUGUUUCUGCGGCUAUGCCACUGCUCGCUUCACUCUUCAUGAGCCGGUGAAAGAGGAGCUCUGUGCUGUGGAAAACAGCAGUCUGCCUAUCCAGAGUUCCCAUCAGCACUUCCUCCAGGUUUAUCAGACACCUGUUCAAGAUUCCAGAUGCACAGAGAAGAAGUUCCUACCUGAGAAGUCAAGCUCACUUGUGGCUUUGUCCAGUUUUCCUGGUGCAGGAAACACCUGGGUCAGGCAUCUGAUCGAGCUUGCCACAGGCUUCUACACAGGCAGUUACUACUUUGACGGCACGCUCUACAAUAGAGGCUUCAAGGGUGAGAAAGAUUAUUGGAAGAGUGGAAGAACCAUCUGUGUGAAGACCCAUGAGAGCGGCCAGCGGGAUAUCGAGGUGUAUGACUCAGCAAUACUGUUGAUAAGAAACCCCUACCGCUCGCUCAUGGCUGAGUUCAACCGCAAGUGCGCCGGGCAUCUUGGUUACGCUUCUGAUCAGCACUGGAAGAGCAAAGAGUGGCCAGAAUUUGUGGGUAGUUAUGCCUCGUGGUGGGCUUCGCACGUAUUGGACUGGCUGCGUUAUGGAAAGAACCUUCUGGUGGUGCAUUAUGAGGAGCUGCAGGAGUCACUGGUGCCCACGUUACGAUCCAUCACUUCCUUCCUCAAUACCAGUGUCAGCGAAGAUCGGCUCCUCUGUGCUGAGUGCAACAAGGAUGGCCACUUCAAGCGCUCAGGUGCACGACGGCCCAGCUUUGACCCCUUCACCCUAGAUAUGAAACGGCUGAUUGAUGGCUACAUCAGCACUGUGGACCAGGCCCUCAGAGCCAGCAACCUUUCUAGCUUGCCAAAGGAGUAUCUCCCUAGAUGAUAAGUCCAGAACUAGAGUACAGGGCUGGUUGUCUCGCUCAAACUCCAGUGCUACAAACUAUGAUGUCUUGGAGCUAUUUUGAUAUGUUAUUUCCUCACAUUUUGAGGCAGAAAAUAGUGCCAUUAUGAUGCUGUUGUGCUUUGAGAUCGUCAUGUUUUAACGGCGGUCCGUGGACCAGUCUGCGAAAGGAAACAAAGUUCAACUUUGUUGCCAUACCAUGGUGGAUAAUUAUAAAGAUUAGGUUUGAUGACUGCAGACUUGACCUUGAGGCUCUAGUCAGAGGCUAAUAAGUUCUCCUUGCUCUUUUGGGAAGAAACCUGAGUGCUUAAUAACAUUAGUCAACUACAAGUCACAAAAAGCCUAAAUAAGCAACAGAUAAUCUGACAUGUACUGUAGAUGAUAAUGAAAUGUCCACAUGACCACAAAAACAACAUCAUUUUAUUACUGUAUUGUGACAUUUUUGUUUGUUCACUUCGUAGAGAAAAAUGUGGACUGUUUACAAAGAUAAUGCUAUGAUGUAAUCUAUUAACAACAGGCGAUAACCACAGCAAAAAUUAUUUUAGUAUUUUUGUCUUUUUUCCAGUAAAAUAUCUCAACAUUCUUAAAACAAGAUACUUUGAGAAGCAAAACUACUUUUUAUUAUCUGAAAAAAAAAAAGUUUUAUCAAAGUUUAAAAUUAAAAAAGAACAAAUAGGGGAAGAAAAAUAAAACCUUCUAAUUAAGUUAAUUUUUCUUACCCAAUUGGCAGAUAUUUUUUCUUGUUUUAAGCAUCAACUUUUUCUCUAGAAAAUAAGACAAUACAAAAACAAGAAUUUUGCUUCUCAGAUAAAUGUAUAGUGAUUUUAAGAAUAUUUACAUAUUUUUACUGUAAAACAAGUCCAAAAAUACUGAACAAGAAAAUAAUUUUUGUAGUGUGUUGAGGACAAGGUUGAGGACAAUGUUAUCAAGUAUUGAAAAAGUCUCAUUGACCACAAAACUGAAUAUGAAGUGUAAUAUUAUAUUGUUGGAAAACAGAAUAACAAACACGCUUCCCUUCCAAACCUUCAAGAUCAAGAAAAAUGAUAUGGCAAACAGACGUAGAAUAUAUCAGUGAAACAAAAGGUGACUGUCCCCAUCCCGCUAGAUUCUCUCAGAACGAAACCAAAGCUUUCAACUAGACUAGACAAGACUUGCCUUGCAGAAUGACGCUAGCAUGAUGCUAAUCCUCCCAGAGCUGAUUAGCACGCCGCCAACAUGCUCCAGAUAUGUCUGGAUAAGCGCUGGUGUAAUACUCUUUUGCACAUUGCCAAACUGGGAUCAGCUUCAGAUUCAGACAAUGUCACUGUAGUGCUAGUGGCAGGAAUCCCUACGGGAGUCAUUCAACGAGACGCGGAAAAUCUAUCAUUCAAGGAAUAGCAUUAUUCGGACUAAAUAAAAAAAUUGCACUGUU